AUGGAGCAUCUCCCUCUCCAUGCCGGCAAGAAACACUUUAUUGUAGCCCCCUAUGAAGCCCCUGAAUCCGACUGGUUCGAUAUCUCCCGAGAAUCCUUCCUUUCUUUUCCCUCCGCACGGCACUGGACUGAGGCUCAGCUGCACGGCGGCGACGAGACAACCAAAGACGCACACCUCGACCCCGACGGGUUCCACAGAAAAGGUAGUCCCCAGAAGGUGGAACAGUUCUUUCAGACAUGGCUCUUCUUUGGCCUCGCCAUCGAUGUUCUCAGAUUUGGUGGUGUCAGGGCCUCGGUGGAAGAUUUCCUGAAACCCGCGACGCAAACGCACGCCAAAGCACGGAUCGUGAACACGAGUAGGCUCCCCGGAAUGCUCGUAGAUUGGGAGAAGGGGAUUAAAGCGAGGGGCCGGCUCAUGAAGGACUGGGAUACACUGAACGAGAUGUUCGAGCGCGCGGGAAGCAUCCUCGACCGAUUCUGCAGGUUACCCAAUCCUGAAGAGGAUAACUCGCUGCUGCAGCAGGAGAGGCCGCGCCUUUGGCCGGUGCGGGAUGAGAUCGCGACGACGUUGAUUGCAAUGGCAUGUACUCUUCGCCGCACAGCAUAUAACGUCUGCAGCAAGGAGAUCAGCGGACUCGUCGACGGGGUCUCACCAUGGCCCAAGACCGCUCGCUCGGGGAUUCUGAUGCGACGGCUCGAGACGAAAUGGUGCGUUGCAGAUAUGAUGACGACCCUGACACAGCUGCCUAUCGAUGGGCAUUACUACCUUGCUGCCUCGGCCGGUCUGGAGCCAGACGAGCUGGACCACCAUUCCAAGUGCGUGAGGGCCCAUUGCCGGUAUGAAUAUGACGCGAAUAUGUACCGGACUCGCCAUGUGACGGACGAUGGAUGCCGCGAGGAGGUCAGGUAUGGCGGACACCUCGGCCCCGAGCGCGGGCAGAGAGACUGGGUCGAUGCCAUGACCAAAAUAAUCGACAAGGACGCUAUCCCAAUCGCGCUUUGGAAUAAGGGGAUGAAGAAGCUGUGGUCGGUCGAGUAUCAUCUUACAGGGCGGCGGCGGCCGGACUUUGUGGCCAUCUCGCAUGUCUGGACCGACGGCAAAGGCAACCCGGACGCCAACUCCCUGCCAGAAUGUCAGCUCGACCGUAUCCAGCGCCUUGUCGAAGGCGUCACCUGGGAAGGCCGCUACAGAAUCCCCGAGAGCGACUACGAAUCAGACGGGGUAGGUUUCUGGAUGGAUACACUCUGCAUCCCCGCCAAUGACAAAGCGCGUAAAGACAAGGCGAUCACUACAAUGCGGCGUGUCUACUCGGAGGCCAAAGCAGUUCUCGUCCUCGACGACUGGCUGCAGGAGAUCCGCUCCGACGCGCCACCCCUCGACCUUAUCACGCGUAUAUUCCAGUCGAACUGGAUCAAGAGGCUUUGGACUCACCAGGAAGGGUUCUUGCCUAAGGCGCUCUGGUUCCAGUUCAAGGAUCGAGCCGUUGAGAUUAACGAACUCAGGGAGGGAUUCGGCGCAUACGAAUCCUCACUCCAGAGGCAGGGAAUCCACCUCGGAUUUCCCCGCGGCGCAGAAAUGAGACUCGUCGGCCAAUAUAGCGUCCUGCAGCGCAUGUUCGGUCUCACUUCUGCAACCGAGAAAUGGCGCCUCUACUUCCCACUGGCCGCGGCGAUGUCAGAGCGCAAGACCUCGCGGCUAGCGGACGAGACCAUAUGUCUUGCGACGAUCGUCGACAUACCCUUUGCGGACCUGCAGGAGAUCCCGGCCAAGCCGGACAUAGAUUCGGGAGGCAAGCGGAUGGCGCUGUUCCUCGAGAAGCUGGGCAAGUUCAGUACCGGGGUGAUAUUCAACAACUACCCGCGCCUCGACCAGCGCGGGUACCGCUGGGCGCCGAGGUCGCUACUGAACUUUCGCACCGCGAAGAUCACAUCUGCUGGCGCUGAGCCCGGUUUCGAUAUUGCGUCUUUCAACCCGAACCGUCGACCCGGCCUUCUCGCCCAAUACCACGGCUUUCUCGUCAAUUUUGGGCUCGGGAAGCCCUUUGCGGGCGUGGAACGCGGGUGCGCGAUCCAGUGCGCCGGUUCUGCGGACUCAGGGCAAGACCUCGAUGGGAAGUGGUUUCUCGUCCAGCUCCCCAGGAACAAUAGUAAUGUCGAGUGGCAGACCUGGCAGACCUACGCAGUCAUACUAUCCGAGAUUCCGAAGCAGAGAGCAACAGCACCGGCGGUCGUGGCGAGUCUUCAAGAAAGACAGGAGGAUGGGAUCCAUGUAGUCAUCCAUCAGAAUAUCGCAUCCGUCUGGAUGACCCAAGAGCCGCCAGAGGGAGUCAGUACUGUGCGGACGGCCCUACUGAGGAAGCGGACCAAGUGGCUGGUAGGAUGA